UACUUCUCCAUAAAACCUAAAUGAAUUGGUGGUGUCAAUGUUAUAAGCGGAAGUAGAGGAUAUAAGACGGAAGUUGGUUUUCAAUUAAUCAGUUAAAUAUGGCGGACCUGUCGCUCGACGAUUACAUCAAGAAAGAUUUCCGUUCGCGUGAUUCACAAGGAAAAUCUUGGAAAAACAAACGCUUGCAGCCAUUGUUGAAAACCAAUUCACUUUCUCGUAACUUGAAACCUAUGACAAAGAAACCCCCUUACUUUUCUAAUCAAAGGCCACCAGCAAAGCAACGGCUUAGCAGUGGCAGUCAGAAUCCUUCAAGUCACAAGCAGCAAGUUUACAAUCAACAUGUCAAAACUCCUCAACGAAAGCCAGCAUUACUUCAGUUUGAUGCCCGCCUGAAAUUGUCUGCAAAAUCCUUCAAAGAUGCCAGGGAAAAAAUUGGAAGUAAUGUUGUUGAUGCAAGACAUAAAAUCCAAAACUCUCAAGCCAAGAAAUAUGUUCAAGAUGCCAGGAAGAAAAUUAUCAUGAAUCAUAAAUUGAAUCUAAAUAGUCAAAACAACCCAAAGGUAACAAUAAUGGGUUUAGGGAAACCGCAGUCAUUUAAGGACCCUGUACCAGGGAAAAUGACCACAGCUGGGGCCAACAUUAUUCGUACGGUAAACAACAGACAUCAAUCUAGAAUUCACCCAUCAAGUGAAGUUAGUCUAAAGCGAACUUUGACCAAUGAUUUAGCACCAUCAGACACUGGUCUCCUUUCAGCAGGCAGUGGUCCUAUGGCAUCCCAAUUUGAUAUGGGCACAGUAUAUCUUCAUUCACAAACGGACACCAACAAAAGGCUUCAAACGAAUAAAAAUAUUCCAAAUAGACUAAAUGUUCAAAAUAAGAGUGAUGAAAGAUCAAAUAUCGCAACUUAUGAGCCCCUCAGAGGUCCUGUUAUACAAUUGAAGAAUGAUCAUUAUCGGGAGAAAAUCCCUACUCCUAAAUCCAUAGACUAUGAUUACGAACAUUUGAGUACCUCUGGGUACUCUUCUCUCACUUCUUCUGCUCGACACCUUACUUCACCCUCAUCCCCACCACCACCACCUCCACAACAGUCAUCAUCCUCAUCUCCAUGGUCAUUACGGCUCAGCCAGAAUUCUGUACUUUCUUCUUCAUCAAUGACUCGUAGUAGAGACAAAUACGAAGUUGCUAGCAAUCCAUCGAAAUCUUCCUUACCAUUAGAUCGGGAAAGUCUUAUCAAAUUUCCUCGUCAGUCCAGAGAUUUUGGGGUUGUUCCAUCUGCUACGAAACGUAUGAAACCUGCAAGUAAUGUUGAUUCACAUGACCAGUUUUCUUCUGACAUUCUCUCCAAUUCUUCAUCUUCAUCUGGCUACCGUGUGUUGGUCACUAAUCUUCAUCCAAUUGUCACUCAAGAUGAUAUAAUUGAGUUGUUUGGUGCAGUUGGAGCCCUAAAAAAGGCCCAUCUAUUGAAAGCUGGUUGUGCAGAAGUUGUUUAUUUAUCAUAUAAUGAUGCUGUAGCUGCUGUCAAUAAAUACCACAACAGAGAACUUGAUGGUCAGCCAAUGAUAGUAAAAAUGACGACUCCUACAUCUCCAGUGUUUUCUCUCCACUCCAGUUCCGCAAUACCAAAAUCUCUGGGAGAACCUCUCAAGUUCCGGAAAGAUUUAAACAGUAGUUCUGGUGCCAAUCCUAAACUGGAUAGUGGUACAUCAACCCGUGGUGGAACAACCUCACAGAGUUCUUCUACUUCAUCAACUGCUGUAGUUGAUGUGAAUCUAAUUCAUAAAGCACUAUUUAGCAACAAAGGUUCAAAUGCUGGUAGCAGCAGUACUGCAGCCUCUACUCAAGCAGGCAGUCGACCUGUGACUUUUACUGUGAAAAUUUGACACUCUCAGUCAAAUGCCCCAUUUUGACUUCUGAAAAUUCCCCUAUCUGAUCCCAAUCCAAUCUUUAAAUAAAUAAUUUUUAGGUCAAAA